AUGAUUAUCGACGAAAAGACGAUGCAGCCUCCCCCCACCCCCCCAACAACGUUGUCCACGCUCCCAGCCCAUCUUCUUCUUCAGAUCGUUCAUAUGACGUUCCCGCAAACGCCCGAUCUAAAUGAGAGUAGCAAGGAGCGGCAGCGCAAGACUCUGUACUGGUUAUCCGUUAGCCUUCGGCUGGUAAAUCGAGCCCUCUACGUUGCUUCCAUGCAUGUAUUGCGCUCCACCUACCUUCCCGCCUACGACUCCCUGAUUCGUUCGCCCUACAGCUCUGAUCCCUUCCCUCUCCCCACUUCUCCCCAGUCUCCAUUCGCGUCGACCAGUAAUCCAGCCGAUCUUCGACUGGGCACUCUUCAACGCGAAACUGCGACCCUGGACCUCUUCAUCGCCGUCAAGGUGCGGGAGGACGUCUGGGCAGACGAAUCUGAACUCCAUCUCGAGCGAGACGAGUCCUUCAAAGACUUGUUUGACCAUGCGCAACCGCGCAGUCGUCUUGAAGACCUUGUCCGCAUAUAUGGCGUUGAAGAGGGCGUUGUCGCUGUUAGUGAGUCUGCUGCAUUAGCGGCUCCACCAAGCAAUGCUGCGCCGUCACCAACAUCCGGUGUAUUCCGUACUCCACCCUCUCCGACCCGAUCCAAAGGCAAACAACCAGUCAGAGCCAGGCCGAUCCCGUUUUCCUCACUGGCUAUUUCAUUUUCCCCUCGAAGGGUUGGCCUUCUCAUGGGUCCCCAUGGAAGAAACAAACGCACAAUUGUCGAAACGGAGCGCAGUCGCGACGAAUUGCUGGAGGCCUCCGCUACACGCCUGGUUCGCCAAUUAGCACUGUGGUUGCGAACAGAGGGCUGCUACUAG